AUUGUCGUCGUGCCUUUCAUAUGACGGAAACUGUUCUACCACUUUUUUCUUAUUCGCUCUGUGUAUAAAAUGUCGUGCCUCGUACUCGAAGCUUCGCAGUUGGCAUGUCAAGUGAGUGACCGACGCUGACCAGACCUUCACGAGAAUCGGGGAAGUAGAAUAUUUACCGCAAUGCGAGAGCUAAGCAAUUAAUGCCAUGAAUUUUCAGAGUGAGCGUGUCUAUGAAGAAACCCUUUCUGUCCAGAAGAGUGAGAUAUGAGCCGAUAUUUUCUACGAGAUACGAAAGAGAUGGCUGACGUUGAUCCAGAUUCGGACCGAACGAAGGGCCGGACGGCGACAGAGAUACGAACCAACCGCCAGAUUGGCAAAGCAGCAGACCGGAAGGAUGGCGUCGCCUUCUACUCUCUCUCGCGCGCGCGCAUGCCCCGGUUCGUAGCGGCUGGCGUGGCUGCUGGCUUGACCGCUUCCGCCGUGAACACCUGCACUGCCGUGCCGCAGACCAAGACGGGCGUGUCCGAGUCGGUAAAGAACUUCGAAAAUCAAAACCUGCUUCACCUCUCUUUUCGAUCUGGAGGUUUCAUUGUGCAGUUUGAAUGUAUUUGCGCCGUUUGCCUCGAGUAGUACUGAUGCAACCUGUAGUUCAUGAUUUUACAUAAAAAAAAAGGUAGAAAAAGACGACGAACCUGGGGGAAGGCAGAGCAUGCGGAUCGGAGCAGACGGUGGACGAGAAUACUCAGAGGAGAUGGAGGAAUUCUUGCAGGAAGCCGAGAGUGAAAAGGACAAGCUUCCUUGGCCUUUUGGUAAGAGAAAGAGGGUCGCACCGGGGGAGCCCCGUCCACAGCCGAAGAAGGGGUUGGCGUGGACGACCACGGAUCCCAUAGCUGAAUAUUUGGAAAAUUUGAGAGAGAUGGAUGUUCAUCGUCUGCCGAGUUUCAUUGACCUAGAGCAUGCACUGCUUCAGCUGCGAGCGAGUCAGGAUCAGUGGGAAGAAGCUAAACGCAUUUGGAGGGAGAGAACAACUGCUGCGCAGCGUGGCACAGAGCAGGAGGAAGCUGAGCCUUCCUAGUAAACGUAUAGAACGAAAGAGUGGCAGUUUUCUUCAAGACAAACGGAGUCCAUUUGUCAUUGCAGCGAAAUCAGAUUUCGCGCGCAGCAAAUGCAAGCGCAGCAGCCUUUGUUUUUGCUGAUCGUGGUCAGUCAGUCCCUUCCCACAUGAUAAUAUCAUGUAGCUCUACUUCUCUCAUAUACAAACUGCACAAACCACCUUGCACUCAAACAAAAAUUUGUCUGUAAAAUCGAACGACUUGCGUUCCGAAAAAAAAAAACGCGUGCGAUUGGUGUCGUGCCCUUCACAUGACGGAAACUGUUCU